UUCGCUUUUGCUUCUCACCGGCAGAUAAAGAACUGUUUCUGAGGAAAUAAAAACGGAAAGAAUUUCAAAAACCCUGGCAGGUUAUAAUUAUGUUUGUACACUGAGAGCUCAACUGACAACGGACAGCUUGCGUUGCUACGGAAGCCGGCGGACGAACGUCUACACUUACCAGGUGGACAAAAACAAUAUAAGGCUCGGUUUUCAGCUAAUUCUGGCCUUGAAACAACACUAUGAAAGUUUGCUGCUAAACUACAACCUCUCUCAAUGGAAAGAGCUGAAGUUCAGUUAAAUUAACUAAAAGGAAAAGUUUAAAUGGCACCAAGAAAGACAGCAUUACCCAAACCGCUCCCAGACGGCUUCAUACUGACAGACAUGGAGAAGAAGAAAUGGAGACUGGGGAAAAUCAUUGGACAGGGUGGCUUUGGACUGAUCUAUCUUGCCUCCCAGGAUGUAGACAGACCUGUAGCAGCAGACACUGACUUUGUCAUCAAAGUGGAGUACCAGGAGAAUGGCCCCCUGUUCUCGGAGCUCAAGUUCUACCAGAGGGCAGCCAAACCGGAGAGCAUGCAGCAAUGGACGAGGAGAAAGAACCCGGACUUUCUGGGUAUCCCAACAUACUGGGGAUCAGGACUUGCUGAACACAAUAACCUCAAGUAUCGUUUCAUGGCUAUGGACCGCCUGGGCAGUGACCUUCAGAAAGUCUUUGAGAAAAACGGGGGCCGCUUAAAGAAGGCCACUGUGCUGCAACUUGGCCAAGGACUGGUGUCGGUUCUUGAAUAUAUUCAUGAACAUGAGUAUGUUCAUGCAGACAUAAAAGCUGCCAACCUCAUGUUGGGUUACAGAAACCCUGAACAGGUCUACCUUGCAGACUAUGGACUGUCUUAUAGAUACUGUCCUGAUGGAGACCACAAAGAAUAUAAAGAAAAUCCCAAGAAGGGCCACAACGGAACGAUUGAGUACACCAGCCUCGAUGCCCACAAAGGCCUCUCUCCAUCCAGACGAGGGGACCUCCAGAUUUUGGGCUUCUGUCUUCUGCACUGGUUAUGUGGAUCUCUGCCUUGGGACAAUGUCCUGAAGAACCCAACGCAGGUCCAAGAAGCCAAGGCUAGGCUGAUGGAUAAUCUGCCAGGCUCGGUCCAGCAGCUGUCAGUGAGCGGAGCCAGCACAGAUGAGGUGGCUGCAUUCCUCCUAUAUGUUAGAACUUUGGACUACCAGGAAAAACCAGACUACCAGCAUCUGAAAAAACUACUGGGCAACGUCGUCAAAGGAAAACUUGACUUCUCAGUCCCUGAAGACUCUACAGAAAAGUUUACCACCAAGAGACGAGAUCCUGCAGUCAAAGAAAAGAAAGCGGGACGAGCCAAAGGGCCCUCUAAAGCCAAGGCUGCAGCUGCAGAGGUGGAUGAAGAACAAAAAGAGGAAAGGAGGAAGUCUAAACCUGUGCCUGCUCGCUACAUAAGAGGACCUCCCAUCACUAAACCUCAGCCCCAGCAGAAGGAAGAUGGAGCCUCUGCUGCUGUCAGCAGAUCACUGAGGCCAAAGCAGAAAUCUCCUUUGACUUAUGAAGAAGAGAACAGUGAGGAUGAAGAUGAAGAGGAGGAGGAGGAAGAGGAGACGCCCAGACCCAGACCCAUUCCUGCAUGCUAUGUGAGAGGACCCCCAAUAGGUCCAAGAAAUCAACCAAAACAGACUACUAGAUCCAAAGAGAGCGGCUUGGAGAGACAAGACUUCAACGUGACAUCAGAGCGACGACUCCACCCACAAAGGAGGAAACUCAAUCAGGCAGAUCAUGAAAUGAAGGACCAAAAACACAGGGAUUCAUGGGAGACAUAUGAUGAGAGAAUGCUGUACCACAGAGAAGGCUACAAGCAUCAACAGUGGAGGGACAAUGAGAGAAGACAUGUUUGUGGUGAAUGGGAAGAGUUUUUUCUUAGAAGGUCAAAACAGGAGGCUGGUCCAUCAGAGCGGAGAGGACUGCUGUCCUGGUUCGUCUAUUUAAUUAUCCUCCUAUUCCUGGGUGCUGUUCUUGGAGUUUGUCAAAGUGCAUUUAGUCACUUUUGA